GUUAUUGACGGGCUCAGAACAGAAGGAAGUCGUCGCCGUCAACGAGCAUGGAUCUCGGCUCCUGGGCGCACGAGGCCUUUGCGCCGGUCGUGCUGCUCAACACGACGGCCGAGGCCGAGCGCAUCGUCGCCAAGAACGGCGGCCUCUCGGUCGAGCAGCUCCUCAACGCCUACGGCGUCUUCGCCAACGCCAACACGCCCGUCCGGUCGGUCAACGGCCCCGUCAUGCUGCCCGAGGUGCGCAUGCGCUUCCUGCACGCCGCCAACUUUGGCCCGACGCCGCCGGCCGACGCUUCCACCAAGCUCAACCAGGUGAUUGCGGACUCGGCCGUACGCGUACAAACGAGCAGUCCGGACAAAUUGCCGUGGAAGCUGCCGCCGGUGGGUAGCGACGCCGACGUCCCCGGCUUUCUGCGCGCGAUUGGGGGCGACGCGAUGGAGCCGCUCUCGUGGUACAAGGCCUUCAAGCACGAGCUGCUCGAGAGCUUCCAGUGCGAAGAGACGAGCAUGAUCUACCACCCGCACGCCAACGUCCUCGUCGUCUCGUCGACCGAGGGCGACCCGCGCCAUGCGUUCCAGCAGCUCGCGUCGCCACAGUCGAUGCCUUCUGUCUUCCAAGAAGGCCUCUACGACAUGAACAUCCCCAAGUACUACAUUGUGCUGCACGACGUGUGCGAGACGCAGCAGACCUCGAUUGACGCCGAUGCCAUCUACCGCAACCUCGGGCUCCCGGCCAACUCGGGGGGCGUCAUGCACAUCAAUUCGCUUCCUACGCCCAGCCUCGAGUCGGCGUCGUCCUGGGUCGGCCACCCGUAUGUUCGCAACUUGCCGCCGCUGGAGAUGGACGCGCCGUUUGGGUGCUACCUGCAUGACAGCGACCACCAGUCGAUCCGCAACUUGCUCUGGGACUUUGCUACGAAAUGCAUGCUGCCGCAGAUCGAAGCCAAGAUGUUUGCGCUCAACGAGAACGUGGCGGCCGUCAAGAAGGGCGUCAAGAACGCGAUCCGGUCGUGGUGGCGCAAGCCCAAGGACACGAGUGCGCGCUCGUCGAUGUACGUCUACCGCUACGACAGCAUCGAGUCCAACAUGCUCUUCCUCGCCGACAUGGCGUUUUGCAUCCACGACUACGAUCUCGCGCUCUCCAUGUACCGGCUCGCGCGCGACGACUACAAGACCGACAAGGCGCUUUUGCAUUGCGCGCACGCGAACGAGUGCAUUGCGCUCUGCCUCUUUCUGCUCCGCGGGUCCUUGCCCCAGAUCCACAACGCGAUCGAGAGCUGCAUCGCGAUCUAUGCGCGCCUCGGACUCACGUCGCCGCAAGUGUCGACCGUGCGCCACGCGACCCGCACCGCGAUCCUCGCCAGCGACAUGUACACGGCCCUCUUCCAGCUGGCGCCAACGUCCGACCUCAUGGACGCCGCGUCCGCAGCCCUCAUCCGCGGGUCGUCGGCGACCGACCCGAGCCAGCCGAGCUUUGGCAUCUGCGCGGCCGUCUUGCUCGAGCGCGCAGCGUUUUGCGAUUUGCGGUCGCGGACCGCCAAAUUCCGGAAAUAUGGGUUUCGCAUGGUCAUGGCCGGCCACGUGUACGCGACGAUGGGGUACACGCCCCACGCCGCGCGCUGCUAUGCGUGCGCGCGCUCCAUGUAUGCCAACUCGCGCUGGUUUGCCGUCGACGACCACAUCACGGGCACGUUGGCCAAGCAGCUCUACUCGCUCUCGCACCCGCAGCAAGCGAUCGCGCUCUUGCUGACGCGCAUCGGGUCGGGACGGCACACGAAAGCGCAGCAGCAGCAGCUUCUCGCUGAGUUUUACGAUAUGGUCUCCGAGUGUCUCCAGGACGCCGACGCGCUGCCCGACUUUCACUUGCUCGAGACGGCCGACGGCGCGCAGAAGGUCCUCCUGGUCAAGAACCUCGCGAUCCCUGCGAUCACGGACGCGUCGGUCGUCGUCUUUGCGCCGUUGAAUGCCGUUGGACCGGCGAGUCCGGUCGACAUGGACGACGCCGCGUGGAAGCACACGCAGUUGCUACUCGUGCGCGAGGAGAAGAUCCAAGCGCUUGCGACGCACAAGACACAUUGGCGCGAACUCGCGACCGCGUCGUCGACGGCCCUGCAGCUGCCAUCGCGCAACAAGAAGCCGUUGAAAGCGGGCUUGAAGGCGUACAUUGUCCACGAAUGGAUCUACGUCGAGUUUGAGAUGAAGAACCACUUGGCGUGCGACGUGGUGCUGUCGCAGUUGCACCUCUUUGGCCACGUCGGCGACGACCAAUUUCCAUCGGCCACCCACAACGCCGUCCAAGUCGAGUACCAAGACGUGACCAUGGCACCGUUCGCCGAUACCAAGGUCCGCCUGCGACUGCUGCCGCAAGCCAUUGGCCGCGUCGAGAUCCUCGGCGUGCGCUGGGCGCUCAACACGGCGGUUCAUGGCGAGCACUCGUUCAAGCUCCCGGGCAUUUUGCUCCAAGACUCGCUCCAGCACCGUGCCAACCGUGUGCGGGCCCCCAACGACGCGACGCGCUGCGACAUCAAACCGCAACUGCCGUGGCUCGGGGUCUCGCUCACGCAAGAGGACGGCAAAGCGGUACCCGACCCGCUGGUUUGCAUGGAGGGCGAGGUCCUUCUCCUCUCGCUGACGCUGUCCAACCACGGCGUGGCUCCCUUGACCGAGCUCACGAUCGUCUGCAGCGAGUGGGCGUAUACCCUCGAGACGUCGUGCCAUGCCGUCGGCGCGCUCGGCCACGUCACGACGCUCGAUGACUUUGCGUUGGCGCCGGGGGCGUCGGUGUCGAUGCGGCUCGUGUGCCAGAGCCAGCACGUGGGCACGCAAACCGUCCGGUUCUUAUUCCGCUACAACGGCGGGCGCGUGGUGCCGUUGGUGCUCGAGGCCGAGACGCUCUCUUGCCUUCAGCUCUCGCACGCGAUUCACCCGAGCUACAACCGGUCUGGCGAGUACGUGCUCGCGCUAACGGUGGCCAACGCGCGCAAGGACGGCACGAAGGAGGCAACGCCGACCAUGAACGUGGCCAAUGCGAUCGCGUACAGUCACCAGUGGUGCCUCGUCCCGUUUGAACCGCUGCAGGAACCGGCGUCGACCUUGCGCUCCGGCACGUCACUGCAGUGGCAAGAGACGUCGACGCUGUACUUUCGGCUGGUGCCCCGGCACGGGUCCGAGUCGGUGCUGCACAGCAUACCGCUCUCGCCAAGCGUGGCACUGCCUGCGUACCCGGUGUUGACAUUCUUGACGCUACAGCACGCGGCCGAGCGGGUGCUCGACUUCAAACGCAAGAAGGCGCUCGAGCAGGGCGGCAACAAGGCGCAGCUGCUCCGGUCGAUCCAGAGCGUGCGACGCGACAACAAGCAGACCCACGGCGACGACGGCCAGGACGCGGUGCCGGCCUUCGAGCACGUGCCGCUGACGACACCCGAUGCCUUGCUCCACCCCGAGAUGGAUCUGCAUGUGGUCGUGCAGUGGGCGGGCACCGGGCCCGUCGUCAAUGGCCUCCAGCGCAAGCGCUGCGUGGGGCACUCGAGCGUCCUGAACGUGCAAGUGCGCACACCGUACACUGCCUCGUCCAACGCGUGUCCGCUGACGAUGACGCUCGACUUUGCGCCGACCGUGCGUCUUGGCGCCGUGCCCAUGACGCUGCACUUGCGCAAUGACGCGUCGGCAGCGUCGCCGCCCAUCACGUUUACGCUCGAGACGCUCGUGCCGGAAGAAGAGCACCCGAGCGUCCGCGCGUCGUCGGCAGCGACCACGACGACCGCUCGUGUGUUUUGGGCGGGUGUCACGCGGCGCACGUUCACGGCGCUGCCGCCCGGGUCGCUUGUCGACGUGCCGCUGACCGCGGUCUUUGGCGCGCCUGGUAUCUACGAUCUGAACCGGUUUCGGUUCAUUCUGCAGCGCGACGGCCAGCGACCGCUCACCGUCUUCUUCCCCGUCGAGUACCUCGUACACGUCACGGCGUAAUAGACGUCUCGUUAUUUGCUUGGCUCCACGUCCACCGUGUUGGGGUGGGCCAAAGCCACCGCGUUAUCUCGUACGACGUCCCGCAAGCACACAAGCAGCACACAAAGG